AUGAGCGUGGAUCACCCUGGCAUGCUCAAUCAUGGGCAUCAGUUGAGGUUCGCCUUCGACAGAGUUACCACUAAGAAAUAUAUUUACAAAAUAAAGAUGUCUGGAGUCAUGAUGCGUUUCACCAUUGGUCUCGUCUGCGUGGUAGCUGUUCUGCUUUCAUUAGCAGAGGUCAGCGAAGCUAACUACAAAAACGCCCCUAUGAACGGAAUCAUGUUCGGCAAAAGAGGACCAACUGAAUACGACUCUCGGGGCAAAACCUUCUCUGCUCUUUGCGAGAUCGCUACUGAAGCAUGCCAGACGUGGUUCCCCUCUCCCGAAAAUAAGUAA